GUGAAGCGCAAAAGAUCGAUCGACUCAUGGAGAAGUUUGCGAGUAGGUUCUGUGAAACGAACCCAAAUCAUGCAGAAGAACGUGAAAACAAAGAACGUGUUCCUAUCUGGUGCUUUACAAAGAAUUCUACUCGAUAAAGAAACAAAAAAGUCUCAUCAUUCACAACUAAAGAAAGCUUGCGAAACGGCUUUAGAGGAAAUAAACGCUGUUCAAGGAAAUGAAAAAUCUACAGGGAAUGUUUCUUCUGCAACUCUACCUCCACUACCUGGUCAGCAAACAUUCAUUACAGCAGAUCAAUAUUUUCUUCCUUUUGAGUUGGCUUGUCAAACAAAAUGUGCCAGGAUUGUCACCAUUGCACUUGACUGUAUACAAAAACUCAUUGCUUAUGGUCAUAUCGUUGGCGAUACACCAGACUCCAUUGAACCAGAGAGGCGUUUAAUUGACAGAAUUAUCGAGACUAUUUGUACUUGCUUUACCGGUAUAAAUACUGAUGUAAAUGUUCAAAUACAAAUUAUAAAGGCUCUUCUAACAGCUGUUACAUCAAGUACUUGUGAAGUUCAUGAAGGAACUUUACUUCAAGCAGUUAGAACAGUUUACAACAUUUACCUUGCCAGUAAAAAUCUUGUUAGUCAAACAACAGCAAAGGCAACACUGACGCAAAUGAUAAGUCUUGUGUUUCAGAGAAUGGAAAGUCAAGCUACUGAAAAUGGAAAUGAAGAAAAGGAUGAUAGCGAUAAUUUUAAAUCAGAAGAAAUCAGCAAAAAGGAGGAGAAAACUGACAUCAAUCCUUUACCAAAUGGUGAAAUCCAUCAUGGCGACGAUAAAGUUGAAGAUGUGAACGAUAGCGAAGUCUCCGUUCCUUCCACAGAGGUUAAAGAUAAAGAUGUUAUUGAUACAGUUAUCAUGAAUGAAGAAUCAAUGGUUGAAGAGAAUAGUGUAAAAGAUGUUGUUGAUGGUGUCAGUGAUGUUGUGAACGAUGACACAAAACAGGAUUUAGUCGAAACAACAGUUGACACUAAUGUCUCGCAGUCUGUUGGUAAAGAACAGCAUUUAAAUGACUCAGACGAGUUGAACAAUGCUGCUGUAGAUGACUUGCCUUCUAAGACUUCUUCAAAUGACAAUACAAAAGACAAUAUAGGUGAAGAAAGUGAAGAAUCAGCGAAGAUUGCCAAAGAAAAACAUCUCGAUGGAAGUUCAAAUGUUAAUGACGAUUCCGUUAAUGGCGAUUCCCCAAGUAUGACCCAGAAGCAAAGACAAAUGACUCUACAACUAGCGAAGUUUCAGAGCCCAAGGAGGAUGAUGGGAAUGAAACUGCACGAAGUUCCGUCUCCGAGUCUCAGUCUGAUAUGCCCAGCGAGACGUCAAGUGAAGGCAAGCCACCUCAACAAAGAUUUUCUCAUAUCACACAGAAGGAUGCAUUCUUAGUGUUUAGGUCAUUGUGUAAACUAUCGAUGAAACCGCUUGCGGAAG